UUCCUUUUGAAAGAGAUUGGAAGGUUUGAUUUAGAUGAGUCCGACAACUGCUACAACUGCUAUUGCUUCGCUUUCUCGUCGAAGACAACGCUUCGUGGUGCUUUUCUUUGUUUGUUUGUUUACUUUUGGUUCUUAUUUCUGCUUCGAUACUCCAGGCGCACUAGGAAGCCUAUUAGAACGUGGACCUAUGAAACUUUCUGCUACAGAAUUCAACCUUCUUUAUAGUGUAUAUGCUUGGCCAAACGUUGUACUGGUAUUUCUAGGAGGCUUCUUUAUAGAUACUUUUGGAAGUAGACCGUGUUCUAUUGUCCUUAGUUUAAUUACGCUGACGGGUCAGCUGAUUACCACCACAGGAGUGUUUUACAAAAGUUUCAAGUUAUUGUUAAUAGGAAGAUUUCUCUUUGGCUCGGGAAGUGAAAGUUUGAAUGUGUGUCAAAGCACAAUUGUUUCUCAUUGGUUUCAAGGAAAUGAGCUUGCAAUGGCAUUUGGCUUUUCUUUAACAGUUUCUAGGCUCGGAAGCAUUAUUGCUUUUAAUAUUCUUCCUUCCUAUAGCCAACGUUUUGGUCUUUCCUCUGCUUUUUUAUUGGGUGCUUUAUUGUGUAGUGUUUCUUUUAUAGCUACACUAUGCUUCGUAUAUGUCGACAAGAAGGCAGAAGAAGAGCUCAGUUUUGCUAUGACACAAGUUGAUCAGGGAAAUACGUCACUUUCGGAUGUUGAGCAUAAAUUUUCUUCGAAAGGAAUUUUUCCGCUGAGCUUUUGGUUGGGAUCCAUAGCAGGAAUGACCGCAUAUUCCAUAUUUUUCUCAUUUAUAGCUAUAGGAACGGACCUUUUCCAGCGAGAAUUUGAUAUAGCUGGUUCUACCGCUGGCUUUCUUGUUUCGUUGAUUUAUAAUAUUUCUAUGUUUCUAGCACCUGUAUUGGGAAAAUUGUUGGACUCUUAUGGUUACAGAGGUAUAACGAUUGGGUUAGCAGUAAUAUUGACCAGUUUAUCAUUACAUAUUUUAUCGAGUUCAUUUCAUACUAUGAAAAUAUUUUAUAGUUUGAGUCGUCUGCAGCUUCUGUAUUCUUGUUCUAUAUUGCUUGGCUUGGGUCUAUCGGGAAUUUCUUCAGCUCUUUGGCCUUCUUUGGCAAUCUGUGUCCAUCCGCAAUCUUUGGCUACUGCUAUAGGUGUAGCACAAGCGUUGCAGAACCUUGGAACAUCACUGACAACAUUUUUCAUGGGAAUCUUGAUUGACCGCAAAGGUUAUCGCCAGUCUCUCAGGUUUUUAGAAAUGAUUGGAAUAUCCUCUUUUUGUGUUGUUUUCGUUUGGAAUGUUCUAGACAGGUUUGGAGAGGAUAGAAUCAACAGACCCACAGAACAGUUAGAAGAAAUUGAAGAGCUUCGACAACCUCUUGCCUUGGAGAGUGAAAGACAGUCACGAGGAAAGCUGAUGAUUGUACCGGUCACUCCCCGGGUCGUCGUAUUAGUUCGUCAACGACUUUUAGGACCACAAGGCGAAAGUGGUAUUGUGAGACGGAAUUAUUAUGCCAAAAUUGGCAUCCAAUGAACUACUUUUUGUUGUAUUUCCUGAUGACCAUAGUUUUAGAAACCAUGUGACAUGAGUAGUAAUUAAGAUUAUUGUAAAGUUUUCUUAGUGAUCACAAGCGUAUUUAUUAUAAAUCCUUAAUAGGGUCU